ACAGCUCGGUCGCCUCAGUCGGCAGUUAUCCACGCAGCUAUCUAUAUUCAAUUUUUCUUAAAUUAGCCACUUUAAGCUUCGCGAUACCGCCCCCAAUUUCAGUGCCGGUACGGAGCCGUCAGGCCGGGACAGAGACGGAGAGAGAGGCCUCGGCCAUGGAAGCCCUAGGACCCGGGCCCCCGGCCCCAACCUCUCUCUUCCAGCCUCCACGUCGUCCCGGCCUCGGCACGGUGGGGAAACCCAUCCGGCUCCUUGCCAACCACUUCCAGGUGCAGAUUCCCAAGAUUGAUGUCUAUCACUACGAUAUCGACAUCAAGCCUGAGAAACGGCCUCGGAGGGUCAACAGAGAAGUGGUGGACACCAUGGUGCGUCACUUCAAGAUGCAGAUCUUUGGAGACCGCCAGCCUGGUUAUGACGGGAAGAGGAACAUGUACACAGCUCAUCCACUGCCUAUAGGAAGAGACAGGGUGGACCUGGAGGUGACUCUGCCUGGUGAAGGGAAAGAUCAGACCUUCAAGGUGUCCUUGCAGUGGGUGUCCGUGGUCAGUCUUCAGAUGUUGCUGGAUGCUCUGUCAGGUCACCUCAACGAGGUCCCCGAAGACUCUGUUCAGGCUCUGGACGUCAUCACGCGGCAUCUGCCUUCCAUGAGGUACACUCCAGUAGGGCGUUCCUUCUUCUCUCCUCCAGAGGGCUAUUACCAUCCUCUCGGUGGAGGCAGGGAGGUGUGGUUCGGCUUCCAUCAGUCCGUUCGUCCUGCCAUGUGGAACAUGAUGCUCAACAUUGACGUGUCAGCCACAGCUUUCUACCGAGCUCAGCCUGUGAUAGAGUUCAUGUGUGAGGUGCUGGAUAUACAGAACAUCAACGAGCAGACCAAACCGCUGACCGACUCACAGCGUGUCAAAUUCACCAAGGAAAUAAGAGGCUUAAAGGUAGAGGUCACACACUGCGGUCAGAUGAAGAGGAAGUAUCGCGUGUGCAACGUCACACGCCGACCUGCCAGCCACCAAACGUUCCCCUUACAGCUUGAGAACGGCCAAGCCAUGGAGUGCACUGUAGCUCAGUAUUUCAAGCAGAAGUACAAUCUGCAGCUCAAGUAUCCACAUUUACCCUGUCUGCAAGUAGGGCAGGAGCAGAAGCACACCUACCUUCCCCUGGAGGUCUGCAACAUAGUUGCCGGCCAACGAUGUAUCAAGAAACUGACAGACAACCAGACUUCCACCAUGAUUAAAGCUACAGCUCGCUCAGCCCCUGACAGACAAGAAGAGAUCAGCAGACUGGUCAAAAGCAACAGCAUGGUUGGGGGCCCAGACCCUUACCUCAAAGAGUUUGGCAUUGUGGUUCACAAUGACAUGACCGAGGUCACAGGGCGUGUUCUCCCAGCGCCCAUGCUGCAGUAUGGGGGCCGGAACAAAACGGUGGCCACGCCCAAUCAGGGCGUGUGGGACAUGAGGGGGAAGCAGUUCUACGCCGGCAUCGAGAUCAAGGUGUGGGCUGUGGCCUGUUUUGCGCCACAGAAACAGUGUCGCGAGGACCUGCUCAAGAGCUUUACUGACCAGCUGCGGAAAAUCUCAAAGGAUGCUGGGAUGCCCAUCCAGGGCCAGCCAUGUUUCUGUAAAUACGCCCAGGGAGCCGACAGUGUGGAGCCCAUGUUUAAACACCUGAAGCUGUCGUAUGUGGGUCUGCAGCUGAUCGUGGUCAUCCUCCCCGGAAAAACACCAGUCUAUGCUGAGGUCAAGCGUGUGGGCGACACCCUCCUCGGCAUGGCCACCCAGUGUGUCCAGGUGAAGAAUGUGGUGAAGACGUCCCCUCAGACCCUCUCUAACCUCUGCCUCAAGAUCAACGCCAAGCUGGGGGGCAUCAACAACGUCCUGGUGCCUCACCAGAGACCCUCUGUGUUCCAGCAGCCCGUCAUCUUCUUAGGUGCUGACGUGACACAUCCACCAGCAGGUGACGGGAAGAAGCCGUCCAUCGCAGCGGUGGUGGGCAGCAUGGACGGACACCCCAGCAGAUACUGUGCCACCGUGCGGGUCCAGACAUCCCGACAAGACAUAUCCCAGGAACAGUUCUUCAGUCAGGAGGUGAUCCAGGACUUGACCAACAUGGUGCGCGAGCUGCUCAUCCAGUUCUACAAAUCCACGCGCUUCAAACCCACACGCAUCAUCUAUUAUCGAGGCGGUGUGUCUGAGGGACAGAUGAAACAGGUGGCGUGGCCGGAGCUCAUAGCCAUCCGUAAGGCGUGCAUCAGUCUGGAGGAGGACUACAGGCCGGGCAUCACCUACAUCGUGGUGCAGAAACGUCACCACACUCGACUCUUCUGCUCCGACAAAGCUGAGAGGGUUGGAAAAAGUGGCAACGUCCCAGCUGGUACCACAGUGGACAGUACCAUCACUCAUCCGUCCGAGUUUGAUUUCUACCUGUGCAGCCAUGCAGGGAUCCAGGUGAGAGUUACACAUUUAUAUUCAGCUGGUUGCAGCUCCCUCUGUGUCUCCUCCCGUUUGGAUCAGAACCUCCCUACCUGCGCCCGCUGCUCUCGCGCCGUCGCCAUCCCGGCGCCGGCCUACUAUGCCAGGCUGGUGGCCUUUAGAGCACGCUACCACCUGGUGGACAAAGACCACGACAGCGCCGAGGGCAGCCAUGUGUCGGGCCAGAGUAACGGUCGGGACCCCCAGGCUUUGGCCAAGGCCGUUCAGAUCCACUAUGACACCCAGCACACCAUGUACUUCGCCUGAGAUACCCAGCAAGUCAGCCACUCCACCCUCAGAUCUCUCCCCCUCCCUCCCUUGUCCCCCCCUCCCUCUUUGUCGUUUGUACUUUUUAUCUGCCAGUCUCUUUGACCUCUCACCUCUUCCUCUCUCCUCAUCACCCGUCUCCCACUCUUCACAGUCACCCUACAUUCUCACCCGUCUGCACCAAAGCGGCUCUUGGACAGGAGAAUCUGCUGCGUCUCCCAUUUUCUUCUCGUGCAGCAGAUUCUUUCCUUCUUUUUUUUUUUUUUUAAAUUAACACGGAACAAUCUCCAACCAGCGUUCCUAUUCGAGUCGCCUUUUUUCUUACCAGCAAUUCAGCACUCGGAACCUCAAAGGUUCACCGUGCACUAAAGGAAAAUGUUUUAAAAAAAACAUACAUAUAUAUACAUAUAUAUAUACAGUAUAUAUACUACAAGUUGAGCCAUUAUUUUACUUUUUUUUUUUUUUCUAUUUGAAUGUCUGCACUCUUGUGUUUUUAACAUACAAAGGGCGCGGGAGCAGCUCGGUGCGGUCCGGUGCCAGUGCAGCUCUUUGAAGCUCUCCCAGCUAAGCAGGACUCUUAUCUACUUUUACCUCAAAGCCCCUUUGGGCGAAAAAAAAAAAAAAUCUGUCACAAGGUCUUGGGUUUAUCGGGUAGUCGGGAGGGAAAUCUACACAAACAGAGACAGAGGGGGAGUCGAAGUUUUAAGAAUGAUAUAUAUAUUCACAUAUAUAUUAUAUUUUUUUUUCCUUUUUACAAGCGUGUGUGUUUUAACCUUUUUCUCCUUUUACAAGCGAGGUGACCAGGGUGUCCACGCCCAUACUUACUUUUCCUCCCAUUUUGGCAACGAUAGGCGCGUAUCUGUGUGUGUGUGUGUGUGUGUCAACCUCUCUGUAUAUACCUGUACUGCUGUCUGAGAGUGUGUGUCGUGUGUGUGUGUGUGUGCGAUGGCAGGCCACUGAAUUGUAAAAGGGAAAUCAAGGAGAUAUAACUGCUGUAAAUGCCUCAGAUUUGUUUGUUUUUAUACUCACACAUACAGUACAAAUAAGCAUAUUAUAUUAGAGGAACUCUUCAGACAGAUGACUUAAAGCUGGCUUCCUGUAGAGGCCGCUGGUUGUUAGGUAUUUGUGUCAGGCCUGGGUCACGUCUGUGCUGAAGCGGCUCGAGUUGCUUCUUUUUUUUCUUUUUCUUUUUUUUGGACGAGGAACGCCAACAGGCGGUGACGAGAACUACACUUUCGACAGAUUCUCAAUAUUAACAGCACCUGCAAGGCAUUCGGUUGCAUUACUGCCACCUUGUGGAUCCUUUUUCCACUGCUACUGUUUCAACUCAUAAUACACCACUGCACACUUUAAGACAAAACGGUUACUAAUAUUUCGAAUUACUGGAUUUUUUUUGUUUUGUUUUUUUGUACUUGUCUGUUAAUCCUAAAAAAAAAAAAAAAAAAUUAGCAACUUGAUUCUUCUGAGUGAGACGUGACUCCAGGGUCUGACGUGUAGCAGUAGUAACUGGUCUGGCCUGUGAUUGGCUCAGCACUGGGACCUGAUGAAUGAGCGACGGCAUUAAAAACACCAGAUUUGUGAUUUUUGUCAACCUUGUUUCCUGUGUGAGAGACAGGAUUAUUUUUCUUUCUUGGACCUGAUUCUCUGAAAAGAUUAUUAGACCAUGCCAUUGGUUUUUGCUUUUUAAUUUUCUUUUUUUUUUCGUCUUCAGUUUAAAGAGCCAGAAACCAAGAUGCUUUGCAAAACUUUCGAUAGAGGUCUCCUUUUGCUGACACCGGCCAACUCAUUGCACUGACCCGGGACGCUAGGCAAGCAACAGAGCUCACUCUACAAUCUCUCUCUCUCUCUCUCUCUGUCUAUCUCUCUCUCUCGCUCUACCUUUUAUGCAUUUAUACAUAUGAAUCAACAAAGCAGAUUUGUUAAAAAGUUUAAUAUAAGAUGUUUUGUGGUUAUCUUUAAAAGAAAAAAAAAGCUGUUGUUUAGAAUUCGUAGUUUACCCUCGAUGUUGUUGUUGUUAUCGUUGUUGUUGUUGUUGUCGAUGUUGUUCUUAACGUGAUGAAAUUUUAAGGACGGCAGCAAAGCCAGGUAUAUAGUUGUUAGUGCGACUUCAGGAAUAGACUUCAGUUGUUAAGCUGCAGGUUAAGGAGUUUCCUUUUUUUUUUAAUUGUUUUUAUUUUUUUUUUUUUUCAGCUAUUCUGGAUAAUAGUGAGGAGACGUAGGCCCCAGGGUGGACGGAUUUAUGCUAAUUCAGUCGCUCCUCACCAUAGACCGUAUAUAAGGAAUGGAUGAUGUGGUGGAAGUUGGCGAGAUUGAGCUCUGCCGAUUUUAGAAGGAACCACUUAUGAAUUUAAUUGAAGGCAAUGGGUUUUUUUUAAAUCAUCAAACAACUUUCCGGAGAUAUUUUGGCCCGUCGUUAGCUUCGAGCUACUUCGGUAAAACACGGUGGCCAAUGUGUUGCGUCUCGAUCACAUUUCAUGGAAAGAAUACAGGGCAUUACUAUGUUUGGUCUCGUGAUAAUCUCUCUCCGGUUUUGCUUUAUUGUCUAUUUUCCACCAAAUCGAAAUGAAAAUGAUUCUAAAUACUGAGCCCAUUUUUGAAAUGGCCUGAAAAACAGUUGUCUGCAGUGCCACUCAUGGCCAGCUGGGACCCUAAUUUCAAAAUUUUCUGUUAUGUUUUGUUUAAACACUGAGGGGGAUUUUUUUUUUUUUUUUUUUUUUUUUUUUUUUUAUCUUUUGUGGUUUAAAACCUGAAAUAAAUCCAUUUCCUAUAUACAUUCUAUGGUUGUAGUAAAAAUGGAUGGUGGCAAAUUUCUGAUAUUGUGUAGCACUCCAGGUGGUUGAACAGAGGUACUGCAGUUGUGGAUCAGUCAGUUGACAUCAUUUGGUUUUAAUCUGAAAGAUGGAGGGAAUUCAGGGAUUGUAAUCCACAGACUCAGAUUUAAGGGAUUUGUUUAAACUGCAGGUUUGUGAUUGACAAUGAGUUGAAUUUGUAGGCUUUUUUAUAAGAAAAGGAAAAAAAAUACAAUGAAUUUUAUAUUAUCUUGAGUGUGUAUUUGAAGUAUACCCAUGUUAAAGUGUUGGCUUCCUGUUUUUACUGCGUUUUUAACACUGGAUUUUACACCUUGACAGUAAACAAAAGCACUGCCCCCUAUUGGUGUGCAAGCACUGCGUUUGGAUUGGACAGAACAUUCUGAAGGCUUUUAUUUUGCGAUGAGGAGGUUUCUUUGGGGUGCACGCCUCAGCAGGGGGGGGGCAGCUCGGUUAAAUGAACUCUUUUGUAAUAAACCACCCGUAAAGCUGCAGGUUUACUAUGAAUGAGUUUGAGCACUUUUCCUGGUGUAGGCGUGAGUGGAGGGGGGAGGAGGAGAACGUCAGUCGUCUGUGUCCAGUCAGAGGGGCGGGGGGGCGGAGGAGGAGGAUCGGAAGGGAGCGCUCCGAGCAUGGUAUUCAAAAAAACUUUUUUUUUUAAAGGGAGUGGGUUAUUGUUUUGUUUUUUUUUAAUGCACUGGUUUCAGAACAUUGACCAUAUUUGUGGACGUAGACAUUUGUUAACAGAAGUGAAGCUGCAGGAAAAGACCCGAGGUUUUCUGCUGGUCGGGAAUUAAAAGAAACAUCUUUAUCUGAAACUACCUUUAGUUUUCGCCAUAAACAGUUCCCAAAACUAAGCUGUAAAUCGGGGUUGCACUUGAAAAUCCCGGUCAAAUCUGUCCAUAGAAAAUCUCAGAAAUCCCCAUUUUAGUUUGAGAUCCAUACAUUAGAAAAAAACAGAAGAAGAAGAAAUGUGUCUUGAGACAUUUGGAUUCAAGACAAACGGUUAAAGUGAUGACAUGACAUUUUUGGUUUGCAACCAGUUUUUAAAAAUUUACUGUAACAGAAAAUAUCCAAUUUCUUUUUAUCCCAAGUCAGUUGAACUGCGUGUUUUGGGUACUUCUUUCUGAAGCUUCACUUUAUCUGAACAUUACUGUAAAUCCCUUUUUUUUCUUUUUUUUUCUUUCCCAGUUAAUUCCUCAUUUCACGCAGAUCUGAUUUUUUUUUUUUAAUCACUCCCUGACAUAAAGCAAUAUUCACCGUCUUCUGAUAAUUCUGAUGUGGUUUAAAGAAAACAAAGCUAUAAUUCUACUCAUUGUGGUCUUUGGUCUACUUUUGCUAUUUUGUCUCUGUACUUCUCUCUCCUUAUAUAUACAUAUAUAUCUAUAUAUCUAUAUAUAAUUUUUUUUUCUUGUGUUAAUUUUAUUUGCUUGUAUCAAUCAGUGGGGUUGUGCAUUUUGGUGGAAAUAGAUGUGUAGAAUUUCUUCUUUUUUUUAUUUAGACUUUGCUCGCCUGCAUGCCAGAGUAUUGUCCUCUUUUACAAAAAAAAAAUUGGAAUCAUAUUUAUUACAAAAAAAGGAACAUUUCUUUGGGGGGUAAAUGUUUUAAGAACUAUUUUAGAUUAGCAAUAUUUGUCCAGUCUCUCUAUAUAAGACGUAUUUUAAAGAUUCCUACACUGUCCAUACAUUUUUGGGAGGUACAAACCUUUUUUUAUUCUGAGGCGAAGGGCCGACGGCAUCUUUGCGUCGUGUCCAAAUUCAAACGAGGUAAACUUUUCUUCAAACACGGACCCACGUUAAAGACCCGGGGCCCCUCUCCUCAGUUUGAGACUCCUCCUCCUUCCCAGUUUGUACCUGUCGCCACACCUUUUUGUGAUGAAUGAUGGAGGUGGGCUUUUACCUCUUUUUAACCUUUUUUCCCCCCUGAGUUUAACAACAAACGGACCCACACUUCCUGGUGUACCCCAGUUAAAAUGAGAGCAUGAAUUAUUUUUUAACUUUGAUAUAUUGUAAUAUCUUAACAGAUUUGUAAUUUCACAUUGUGUAUUGUGUAUUUUUCAUUUUAUUUCCUGUUUAUUUUUUGCUCCUUUCUUGUUUCUGGGGGGCGGGGGGGGUUUGUUAUCGCUCUGCUUUGUUUUUGUUGUUUGUUUCUGUUACCUAGUGGUCUCUGAAGCUGUGUGCGAUUGUUUUAAUAGCAAUAGAACCAGAGAUGGAAACAUCUAAUUCAGUUAACAGAACGUUUCCAGAACCCUUUCUUUACCACUUGUGAGCGGUUAUGUUUGAGAAGGGCAUGUGUUAACUUCAAGCCGCCAGCAGAGGGCCAUUCACUUACUGUUAUUGCUAUUCUUAUGUGACAUGUUCAAAUCAUUUUUUUUAGCCUGCAGGGAAUUCUUGUGUUAAUGUGCAAAGUAAUAAAUUGGUAUUUUAUGCCUAAAACAGA